UAAUGUAAUGACUUUUCUCUUAGAUUGAAAGUUAGUUAAACAUUACAUGUUGUUGAUAUGUCUGAAUCUGACAAUGAUGUUUCUUGUGGAUCAUCUGGUGAAGAAUUGGUUGAAGAUAAAACCUCAAAAGUGAUGAAGAGUGAAGAAUAUCCAUGGAUGAUGUUGGAACAAUUAAACAAACAAAGGAUGAACAAUCUGUAUUGUGACUUCACAAUUUGUAUUGAUGAUGAAGAAUACCCCGUCCAUCAAGGAAUUCUUGCAGCAAGAAGUGAAUAUUUCAAUGCAAUGUUCACUUCAAAGUUGAAGGAAGGUUUUGAAAAACGAGUUGAAAUUAAAGAAUCAUCGAAACAAUGUAUUGAACGGAUCCUGGGUUUCUUAUACAGCGGGAAGAUUGAAUUAUCAGUGGAAAAUAUUGAAGAAACAAUUCGUUGUGCUGCCCUGAUGCAAAUACCAGAUUUGUUGCAAGUUGCUUCUGAAUACGUGGACAGUAUAUUCAACGCUGGGAACUGCCUUCACUUUCGUGGGUUGGCCAAGUUGCAUUCUAUGGAUGACUUGGUAAAGAAGGCUGAUAAAUAUUUGCUGGAUCACUUCAGAGAUGUUUGUCGGGAUGAAAGUUGGAAUGAGUUGAGUGCGAAAGAUGUGGAGAUGUUUAUUUCCUGUGAAGAUGUUGUGGUGGAGUCAGAGGAAGUUGUUUAUGAGUGCAUGGUUGGUUGGGUGAAGCAUCAUCUACAAUCAAGGAAACAAUAUUUCCCAACUUUGUUUAAACAUAUAAGAUUGACAAGUCUUCGUAUAAAUUACAUUGAACAAGUCGUCAGAAAAGAGGAUCUACUUUAUGAGUUCCGUGAAAGUAGUGAAAUAGUUUGGAAACAUUACUUUGACACCAUUUCAUCAACAACAACCAGCAACCCUAGACAUGGAGAUUUUCCUUACGUAAAUAUCAACUUUGUAUCAGAUGUCAGAUACGGGAAGUUUAAUCUUCAUGAAAAUAAAGUUGAAGUGGAGCAGCACGAAGAACACUACAAACCAAUCACGGCAUCUACUGUUCGUAGAAAUAAAGUUUAUGUUUGUUCAAAUAAUCAAGUCAAGUCAUAUGAUGGAAAAAUAUGGGAAAACGUUACAACAUUACAAUAUGACAUGCAAUGCCAACAUAUGGUGGUUUGUGAAGCUGAGAAUUAUUAUUCAGGGGACAAAUACAAACCACAUUUGUUCGUGUUCGGGAAAAAAUCUGAAACAACUGUAAACAGAAAGCAAGUGACAACCAAUCAG